AUGGAUAAGCUUUCUGGACUCGCCUCGAAGCUCGGUGGCAGCAGCCACUCUGGUGGUCAGCAGAACUCCAACGCCCAGAACGAGGACUACGUUGACAAGGCCCUGGACAGCGCCGAGCGCAAGUACGGAGGCGGUCACGUCGAUCCCGCCAAGAUGCGCUCCACCAACGAGAAGAUCACCGAUACUGCUCGUGAGCAGUUCGAGGGCGCCACUGGGAAGAAUGUUCCCUCCAAGAUCUCUAACUAA